UCUUUAUUUUUCUUAUAACAAGAAUAUUCUUUCUAUUAAUCCCAACAAACUCUAAAGCUUGGCUUAUCCAUGGCAAGUGCUGAUUUCCCGCAUUCACCUUCUCUUCCAUCUCCACGUGUUUAUCCUUCUCAUUCCUCUCCAUUUCCAUAGAUUUUAGAGAGAGAACUCAGAAUAAUGGCCUUCUCACUCAUGGCCGCAUCCUCUCUUAGUACCUCUUUUGGGAGAAAGACCCCUAUUCGAUGUUCUUCCUCUUCUUCCUCCGCUCUUUCUUCUCAAACCAAAUCGCUUCACUUUGACCUAAAAACAUACUGGAAACAGCUGAUUCUCGAGAUCAACCAAAAGCUGGAUGAAGCUGUUCUAAUUCAGUAUCCAGAGCAGAUCUACGAGGCUAUGCGUUACUCCGUCUUGGCUCAAGGGGCCAAGCGAGCUCCUCCCGUUAUGUGUGUCGCCGCCUGCGAGCUCUUCGGCGUCGACCGCCUCGCCGCUUUCCCCACCGCCUGUGCCCUCGAAAUGGUUCAUGAAGCUUCGUUGAUCCAUGAUGACCUUCCUUGCAUGGAUGAUGACCCCUCACGGCGUGGCCAACCCUCAAACCAUACAGUUUAUGGUGUUGACAUGGCUAUCCUUGCAGGUGAUGCACUUUUCCCCCUUGGCUUCCAACAUAUUGUCUCACAUACACCCUUUGAUCUUGUGCCUGAGUCCCGCCUGCUCCGUGUGGUUGCCGAGAUUGCCCGAGCCGUUGGUUCCAGAGGCAUGGCAGCUGGACAGUUUCUUGACCUUGAGGGAGGCCCCAACUCCGUUGAAUUUGUCCAAGAAAAAAAAUUUGGUGAAAUGGCCCAGUGCUCUGCAGUGUGUGGAGGACUUCUAGCUGGAGCAGAAGACCCUGAGAUACAGAGACUAAGAAGAUACGGAAGAGCGGUCGGGGUGUUGUAUCAGGUAGUUGAUGAUAUUUUGGAAGAACAAUCGAAAAAACUCGAUGAAACAAAUGAGAGUAAAAGAAGAAAAGGGAAGAGCUACGUUGGAGUAUAUGGGAUUGAGAAAGCUAAGGAGGUGGCGGAGGAGCUGAGGACCAAAGCUAAGAAUGAAUUGGAAGGAUUUGAAAAGUACGGAGACCGAGUGAUGCCUUUGUACAGCUUUGUGGACUAUGCUGCUGAUAGGAGCUUCAGUUUUGAAACUUCAAGUUGAUGAGAAGGUGGAAUCCCCUUGAUUCUGGAAAUGGGAGAGUUUAGAAGUCUCUUAAUAUAUAAACUAGCAGGUCUUGAUUUUACUAGUUGUUAACCAUUUCCCUUGGAAAAUGUUAAGGCAGCAUGAACAGGAUAGGACCAUGUUGAUGAAAUCAGUCUUGACCAAAGAGCUGGAGAAAAGUUCUUGAUAGAUGAUUGAGUUACGGAGAAAAGUGUUUAUCAACACGUUGAUAUUUUCCAAAACUUGAAAGGAAAGUAUACAUAGUUUCUGAAA